UGAGGUAGGAGGCGGCACCCGUGGCUGAGGGGGAGGCCUGAGAGCGACAUGUCCCCGGCGGCUGAGGCAGAGCGGCUCGUGGCGCUGUUUUUCUGAGUCCGGGGCGGCCUGGCGGCCGGCCGAGGACAGAAACCGGCGGGGGCUGCUCCCGCAGUGGUGGCCGCCAUGCUGGGGGCCCGGGCGGUGGAGGGAGCCCUUGUGGCGCUCCUGCGGCUGCUGCUGCUGCUGGCGCUCCGGGGGCCGGGGCUCGGCGUGGGUCGCGCGGCGGGGGCCGGGCUGCCCGAGAGCGUCAUCUGGGCCGUCAACGCGGGCGGCGAGGCCCAUGUGGACGUACACGGGAUCCACUUCCGCAAGGACCCUUUGGAAGGCCGGGUGGGCCGAGCCUCAGACUAUGGCAUGAAACUGCCAAUCCUGCGUUCCAACCCUGAGGACCAGAUCCUCUAUCAGACAGAGCGGUACAAUGAGGAGACAUUUGGCUAUGAAGUGCCCAUCAAGGAGGAGGGGGACUAUGUGCUGGUGUUGAAAUUUGCUGAGGUCUACUUUGCACAGUCCCAGCAGAAGGUAUUUGAUGUACGAUUGAAUGGCCAUGUCGUGGUGAAAGACUUGGAUAUCUUUGACCGUGUUGGGCACAGCACAGCUCACGAUGAAAUCAUCCCUAUGAGCAUCAGAAAGGGGAAGCUGAGUGUCCAGGGGGAGGUGUCCACCUUCACAGGGAAACUCUACAUUGAGUUCGUCAAGGGUUACUACGACAAUCCCAAAGUCUGUGCACUCUACAUCCUGGCUGGGACAGUGGAUGAUGUACCAAAGCUGCAGCCUCAUCCAGGAUUAGAGAAGAAAGAAGAAGAAGAGGAAGAAGAAGAAUAUGAUGAAGGGUCUAAUCUCAAAAGACAGACCAAUAAGAACCGGGUGCAGUCGGGCCCCCGCACACCCAACCCCUAUGCCUCGGACAACAGCAGCCUCAUGUUUCCCAUCCUGGUGGCCUUUGGAGUCUUCAUUCCAACCCUCUUCUGCCUCUGCCGGUUGUGAGAAUAAAUGACCAUCCUGAACAGGAUGGAAGGGUGUGGGAAAGAAACCAAACAUAUUGGUUUUGGUUUCUGUAUUUUUCAAAAUGAUUAACAAAAAACCCCCCCAAAAAAAACAAAAAACACACAAAAAGUAAAGGAAACGAAAAGAGGGGGGUUGAGUGGAGAGCAGCCCUCAUCCACCACUUGGUCCCAGACCUGCUUCAGUCCUAGUGCUCUCUUUGUGGCUGGCCCCAACCGUUUCUUCCUUUCUAGGGUACUUGGGGUAAAUUGGACCCUUCCUGUCCAGGGGUCCAUGUCUGUAUACCUAGUGGAAAGGACUCUGAACUAGAGCAGUGGUGGUUCCUCUUUUUAGGUUAGUAAUUAACAGCAGGGGGCUGUCAUCUUAUUGCCUGAGAAGACCAGCACUGGGAAUUGGAAAUUCUAAAGUUAUAUCCAGAUAAGUUUUCAGAUAUCCUGGGAUUGAGAGAGUAUGUGUGUCAAGGUGUAAAUUUGCAAGGUAAAGACAAAAAGAAAGAAGGAUGUUUUUAAAAAAGAAAAGUCAGCAUUUACCUGAAGCCUUUUUGGAUGAGUCCGGUGGCUGCUCCACCUUCAGUAUUUGAACUUUGUUGUUGUGCCAGUGAGAGGACUGUCUGGUAUCCAAGGCGAUUACUUUGUCAGGUCCUCAGAUUGCCUCUGACACGGUACCACAACAGAUUGUUUUGAUUUUAGUGCCUGUUGGGGACUUGAUUUCUUGUCAAUUUGUUUCUUACUCUCGCUCAUUUGAAAUCUCUUCUCCCUCUUUACCAUCCACUAAGUUAUUGACAAGAAGGGAAGAAGACAUGGGGGUCUGGGCUCUCUCGGCUCGAAUGUCUUACCCUCUGCUGCCUCACGUUGUUGGUACCUCCCUCCCUGGGUCUCUGAGCCAGCAGUUCUUCACUGGCCCCUUUCUAGGGUCUCCCUGCCAGGGGGCAGGGAUGCUUUCCAGCCUGCAGCAACAGAACACUUGACCUUAAAAGUCUCUUCUGAUCUCUAGAUUAGGAAAGGCUUAUGUUAGCAUAAUUUAAGAGCAACCUCAGAGACUUGAGCCCUACUAAGUGACUGACCACUGUUUAGAGUGUCUCCUAUAUGACGUUCAUUUUUCCCCAUGUCCUUCUGUGUCACACUUCAACCAAUUUCGGUUGACAUCUAGACUGCCCCAAGGAACUAGACUGAUUGGCUAAACUGGCCCAGUGACAUCUCUUACUGAAUAGUAUGGCUUUCGGCCUUUACCCUUCCUGAGUAGCAGUCAGAUUCUUGGUUGUGAUGGGCUGCAGUCAGCCAUGGACCUGGCAGCUCUGAAGCUAACCUUGGCGACGAAGUGUCUGUCUCGAAUUCCCUGGAAACUUUGCUGCAGGAAGUGAAGCUUCCCUGUGCCUUCCUUUCUGAUCACGGUCAUCCAUUUCCCAGUGAGGGUAAUGGUGAGGGAGGACCUGGCCAAGUUAAAGGGAACUCUGUGGCUGGGAGGCAGCAGAAUUAGCUUCGGCUUGGGCUGAGCACCAGAGACGCUCAGGCCAGGCUCAUCUUUCUUGUAUGUGUUUAAUUUUGAGUUUGCCUUACUAGAUGUGUUCUUUAAGAGCCCCAUAUAUUUGAACUACUCCUUAUCUGACAAAGUAAGUAGCUCUUGGGCUCUUGGUGAUUACUCUAGGCCUGCAUUCAGUCCUCUGAGAAUCAAGGCCCUUUAUUUUUGCUGUGACUUGGAUGUCGGUCCUAGGGUAUGGAGUCAGGCGGCUGGAUGGUUAUGGAACACUCCUGGAGUGCUUCCCUAAGUGCCCCUGCUUCUAGAGGAUGAUACUUUAGCCUUGGUCUUAAGGACAGCCUGUCUGGGGCAGUGGGCAUCUAAUUGGGCUUCUGACAGUGAAUUUGGUUCCUGCUCCAUCACAACUUCCCAAAAGCAUGGGCCACUGCCAGUGGAUUAGACAAGUUGAUCAAGGACCCAGUACUGUCUGCGUUUUGCCUUGUUUGUUAGUUUGCCUGGGUUUCUCUGAGGAAGGAGGGGAUCCUGCCUCACCUCAGCCCAUCCCUUUGGUGACUCAGAGUCUCAGAAGGAAACCCUGACUCCUGGGGCCAUUUCCUAACGGUACUGUAAGCCAAGCAGCUUUGCUUCUGCCUCUGUUUCCAAGCCCACCCUUUUCCCCUGGACUCAGGGGUAGGGAUGGAUGCUUUCCUCUUUGGUUGUGACUGAAAGGAAGGAACAUCUUUCUAAGGCUAACAAAAACUGAAGGGGAUGGAAGGAAACAGGAAAAAGCAUGGUGGGGGCUGGGGUAGAUUCCCCUGGAGCCAAGCCCACCGGGCUAGCAAGAGCUGCCUAGGGCUGGCGACAGCUGGCUCAUGAUGCUGAACUUGAAAGCUUUUUUUAUUUUUAUUUUUUCCUUUGAGGUGGGGCACUCCUCCCAGAAGAUAUAGGUACAUGAAGUUUAGGUGAAAGGGGUGGGAUAGGGCACUCUUUUUUUUUUUUUUUUUAAUUGCGUGUGUCAAGAAUUACUCUGUUGUUCAUCUUUUGCUUUUUGCACUGUUUAUUCCCCCGUCUGUAUUUUGAGCUAGUGCUAGGAUUGAGACACUGCACUGCAGGGUGUGUGCCUGGUCUCGGGAGGUGAUGGGUGAUGCCAGUCCAAGGUGGGGAGGAGGGGCCUGGGCUCUUCGGCUGCACUGACUGUCUCAGCCGGCUGAAGACAAGAGCAGAGCCAGGGGGCAGCUCCUUUCACUAGAAGCGUGGCUCAGGUCAGUUCCUCGGAGGGUUGUGCAGAGACAUCUGCUGGAGAUAAGCCGAGUGUGCACAGCCCAGGCCGGGUUUGGGUCAAGCCAUCCGCUUUCCAAUGGGACUUUUUUUGGCUGUCACCCUAACUGACUGAAACAUCGUGCCAAGACAAUAUCUGUGGGGGUCCACGUCCCCUAAAGCAAAUCCGUUUUUUCUGAAGAGUCUCCACUGUUGAGGAGAAGCUGCUCAGGGCACACCGAGUUCUGGGAUCUGAGUGACGGUCAUCUCGAGGUGGCAGUGGUGGUAGACUCCCUGGCUGCAGGCCGCCUGUCUGUGUGAGAGCGCAGUUGUGUUCUCUUGAGUGCUGGGAUCACAUGAGCGCUCACAGGCUGUGAUGAGGAGGGUGCAGUCUGAGUCAAGUUUACCUCCCCCUUCUGUGCCUGCAAUCUGCCUGGCCCAGCUUUCUUUUGGAGAAGCUUCUGUUUUAAGGAAUUUCUCUUCCUUUCUCUCUUGCCUCUAAGCCUCUCAGAAGGCCUGGCUCUGGCUUCUAGAAUCUCAGCUGGGAACUUCAGGAAUGGCAGCAGUAUUUCCCUUUCCUAGCACUUAUAUCCCUUUCCCUAGAAAUCUGCUCACCUUGGGAAGCCCAGGGAAAGGAUUAGCAGGUUCCCUACCCUCCCUGGGGGUUGGGGAAGGACCCACCCUGGUCAGCACAGUGCCUUUUCCUCUCCUGCUCUGCGCCAGGGUGGGCAUUCCCUCUAGAUUCAGGUCUGGGUAGGGGUCCAGCUGCAUCCCCACCCUCCCUCUCCCCUUUGCUGGCCUCCUCUGACGUAACUCAAGUGUCUUCUUGCCUUGAGGAGCCUUAAUGGCACCAAGUGGCAACAUGGAAUAUUGUCCUCCAUGCCUCUCCAAAGGGACCUAGGAGAGCAGGUGAGCUUUCCCAAGGGAGAGACCAGUUGAUGCUCCUGUUUUUAAGAAAGACAUGGGGGGAGGGAUGUCUGGGGCUCCCUCCUGCUGUGGCCCUUAGGACAGAGGCUGGGGCAGGGCUACGUGCUAGUGCACGGAGGCAGGGCCACAAGCACCCAGGGUCUGUUCAGAAAUCUGACAAGACAUCUGCCUCUCUCCUGUGGAAGAUACAAUUAGGGAUCAAAGAGCCCCAGGAAAAUUGCAAAGAAGCCUCACAUUAGCGCUUCAGAGAAGCAGUGCAGUUUUCCCUUUCAGCACGAGCGAGGACUCUUCCUGCUUCCUGACUUCUGGGGCAAGAAGGCUGGCCAUCCUCGUGUCCUGGCCGAGCUGCUGGGCACUGGAGGGUCAGCUGCUGGGGAGGGCGUGUUUCUUCUUGCACAGGUGUGGCUGCUGCCCCUCUGGCCUGUCCUUCCCCAGUUGUUUGGGUGGCCAAGUCAUCUUGACAAGAACAGAUGAUCUGGGGACUGGUCGGGUUGGCAGGAAAAGAGCAGGAUGGAUCUCGGGACGAGUUCCACCCAGGAGCAUAAAACAAGGAGCUAGGAUUGCACUGGCAGCCAGGGAAACAGUGCCUGUUCGAGUUGGCAGAGGCCCUUGGCACCUCCUGAUCCAGGCAGUCGUGUGAGGUGGGGGCACAUGGCACUGGGAAAGGCAGAGCUCCACUCUCACCUCUAUUUUGAGCGGCAGUGCUUUAUUUCAGUAUGAGAAAAAACAACAAACUGAAGUGUGCUUUCCGUCCUUUCAAAGGACAGCUGUCGGGGAGGGGAGCUGAGCUGCCAGUGGGAGGGGAGAAUUAGCAGGGAGGCACCGUGGCAAAACCAGGGGAGAGACAUUCUCGACUCCUCUCUUUCCUGGUGUGUCGUGAUCCAGGGAAUGAAAAGAAAUUUGACCCUGGGCUAGGUCCCUCCUGGGAUUUAAGGGACUUCACCUUUUCUUUCCAUGGAAUUCUCCCAUGUAGGAUCAGCUGCCCAUUCUGAGCUCAGGACAGCCUUUUUGACCAUUUUUAGCCUAAUCUGGCUUGUCAGAAAAACCAACCCCACCCUCCAGAUUGAGCCUGGCUUCUCUGUUUUGUACCAAGUAUUGGAGACAAGGUGUCAAGUUCUUAGUAGCCCUGUAGCUCCUUCUCUAGGUUCCGUCCUCUCCCUGCAGAGGUCAGACCAACCCUCUGUAGCCACAACACGCAUUUCCCACGGCACAGUUAGAUGUACUUGAGGGGCUUUGAACCUGGCUGGCCAGGGAAGAAGUAGGGGUGGAUAGAGCUGUUUUUUUCUGGGCUGUCUCUGUCUGUCCCUACCCCUUCCAUGCCCCACCCUACUCCCACCAAAAAGUAAAAAAUCAGGAUGUUUUUCACUGUCCAUUGCUUUGUGUUUUAAUAAACAAUUUGCAGUGACACUCA